AUGCAAUCUUUAUCAUUGAAUAAUUUAAAUGUUGAAGAAAAACAUUCUAUGAAUGAUAAUGUCGAAGAAGAAGACGAUCCUAGUUUAAGAUAUAAUCGUUCACUUCAUGUUGAACCAUUUCAUCGACAAAGACGUAUCGAUGGUACAUUACCGUUUAGUGAACAAAUACCAACAAUGAAUCACAUUGUAGUCACUAACGGUUAUGAUGGACGCUAUGUAAUUAAUGAUAAUAUGACUGAAACAGAUUUAAAUCAAGGUGGUAUUUGGAAAGAAAUUAUUCAUAAUGGAAUUGGACAAAAGCCAACCGUAUCUGCUUCUGUACGUUUACAUUACUAUGCUUAUUUUGAACAUCGUGAUGAACCAUUUGAUACAUCAUUUAAGCGUCGACGUCCACUUGAAUUUCGUUUAGGUAAAUUCGAAGUACUUCCUGGUAUCGAUCUAGCUGUUAGUACAAUGCAAAGACGUGAACGUGCAAAAUUUAUAAUCAGCAGUGAUUUAUUAUACGGUGAACUGGGUUGUGCUCCACAUAUACCUGAAUCAGCAUGGUGUCUUUAUGUUAUUGAGCUUUUAACGACAAAUGAAUCGUCAGCAGUCGUUCAUGAUGAACAGUUAUUAAUAAAAACAACAACGAAUAAACAACAAAUAGAUGAUUUUGCUAAACGUGUAAGACUAGCUCAAACACUACGUAAUACAGGUAAUGAAGAAUAUGCAAAUGGUCAAUUAGAUCGUGCAUUACGAAGCUAUAAUAAAGCACGACAAUUAAUUCACAAUAAAGUUACACUUAUUGAUGGAAAACAAGAAGAACAAUAUCAUCAAUUAUUACUUAAACUUCAUCUUAAUUCUGCACAAUGCUAUCUUCGUUUAGAUAAUUACGAAAAAUGUUUUCGAGCAUGUCGUGAUACACUUAUUAUUGAACCAAAUAAUUUAAAAGCUUUAUUUCGUGCAAGUGUUUCACUUCGAUCAUUAAAUCAACUUGAUGCAGCAGAAAAAUAUAUAUCAAAAGCUCUUUCGAUCGAUCCACAAAAUCGAGAUAUUCUAAUGGAAGUGAUAAAAUUAAAAGAAGCACUUGAUUCAGCAAUACAAUCAACAAUCCAGAAGCCUGAUGAACGUUUUACGUUAAAAGAUUCAUUAAGCAAUGAUUGUUAA